AACAGUCAGCUGUAGGAGCAAAAGAAAGCAUCUGUUUUGACUGCGGACAUCAGCUGUAGCAAAGUGUUGUCUGCAGCGUAAUAAGCCGCCGAAGCAAUAUGGUCAGUUCCGUCGACGAGGACGAGCCACAGCCGCUGGAGCUGCUGGAUCUUCCCAACGAGGUUCAGCUGCACGUUCUGGACCAUCUGGACUUUAGGUCCCGACUGGCCGCCUCCCGCGUUUGUCGCCUGUGGGACUCACUGGCCUUCUCCGGCCGCUUCAUGGACCGCGUUCGGUUGUACUUGAAGCUUCAGCCGGAAAAUCUACGCCGGGUGGCUGCCGUGCUGAACCGAAGCAGCCGACGGUACCGUCACGUGGUGGUCAACUUUGGGAAUUGUGCGUUUCCGGUGAUGGACCAGCUUGUGGAGAUGUUUGGUGAAGAUGAGGUUUUGGAGAGCUUGGUGUUGAUGGGAUUAGCGGAAAUUGAAGCGGUUCAGCUGGUGACAAUGCUGGGAAGUACACCGAACUUGGUGCGAUUGUUUCUUAUUAACGACGAGCUGGAUAGUUUCAGCAAGGAUCGUCUGCUGGAACUUCCAAAAUGUCGAGUUGCUUCCGCAACUGGUCACUCUUCGUGGUUGGGAGGGUUUGAGCGUGACAUGGAAAUAGCGUUGCCGAGACUUCGCAACGUGUGCAUCGUUGAUCGGUGCUUGAGCUUCACAGAAAUGGCGAGUUCCAUACCGAGAUUCUUUCCCGGGUUGAGUCAGCUUCAGAUUACAAGCAACCACGCGUCGCUUAGUUCUGUAUAUCAGACGUUACGGAGUCAGCUGGAGAAGAUUGUGCUUCUAUCACCGGAAAUUGACUUCUUCAAUCGGUUCGCCGACAUUGGCUUUCCCAGGUUGAGAUAUCUUUACUUCGAUCGAAUGGAUCUCAAUUUGCCGCAGCUUGUUCAGAAAGGUGCCGGGUUCUUCUCGAAUCCGGAUCACUGUCACAGUCUACGCCAGCUGGUUCUGCACCCUCAGUUUAUGCUUCGCACGGAGAUCUUGACGGCAAUCUGCGCGAACUGCGAAAACCUUGUCGAACUGGAACUCAGCCUCGAUUACCUCGAUGGGGACGCCCUGAAGGACAUUACCAACUUGACGAACCUUAAGAAUCUGACCCUCUACGGCACGGCCUACUUCCAGGAUACUCCCCACUGGCCCCACCAAAUCACCACCCUAAGCUCCGUCAAAAUCGCCACCUGUCGCUUUCCGUUGUCCCUGCUCGAGUUCAUCGCCGACAUCGCCCCCAACCUAUCCCAACUCUCCCUCGAGAACAUCGAAUCUCCGGAGGAAAUGUUCCUUCUGCUUCCGGAACUGCUGCCCAACAUCCGCACCCUCGAGAUGGGCUACACCAAGGGCUUCGAGCGGCCACCCUCGUGCCAUCCGUCCGGCUAUCUGCGAGCGAUGACCGCACUGGAAACCGUCAGCCUGAGGCGCGUCAUCAUCCGGCACGGAAUUCAGGGUUGGCUGCAGGAUGCACCCCGGCUGAAGCGGGUGCAUGGGGACCUUGGCACACUGACGAACACCCAUCUGGUGAUCCUAACGACCAACUGUCCCAAGUUGAGGGAGCUGAAGCUGGCAGGGUGUGGCGAGCUGACGCGGGAGGGAAUUGAGGAGUUUCGGACAAGGGUACCGCUCUGUAGGGUGGAUUGGGAUGGGAUUUAAACAGUUAAAUUUCCA